CCUGCAGCUCUUCUAAAAAUACGGAGGGCAUGCAAGAGUGUGAGCAGGCUGGGGAGGAGGGCGAGGUGAACGCGCCUCGCACCAUGUUCCCCGGGUGCCAGCGCGGCGCAGUUUUGGAGAUGUCCCUCCUGUGACUUGGACGCACCAUGAGCAUCUGGGAGGUGAUCCUGGCUUUCGUGGUGGUGGUGCUGAUGCUCGUGGCCCUGCUGGCCAACGUGCUGGUGCUGAUGUGCUUCCUGUACAGCGCUGACAUCCGCAAGCAGGUCCCGGGAUUGUUCAUCCUCAACCUCACCUUCUGCAACCUGUUGAUGACUGUUUCGAACAUGCCCCUGACCUUGGCUGGGAUCAUUUACAAGAGUCAACCAGGAGGAGAUCAGAUCUGCCACAUUGUGGGCUUCCUGGAGACAUUUCUCACCACGAACUCCAUGUUGAGCAUGGCAGCUUUGAGCAUUGACAGGUGGAUUGCUGUGGUCUUCCCUCUAAGUUAUCAUUCCAAAAUGAGGUACAGAGACGCUGCUCUCAUACUGAGCUACACGUGGUUACACUCGGUGUCGUUCCCGAUAGUGGCAGCUUCUCUCUCCUGGGUGGGUUUCCAUCACCUCUAUGCCUCCUGCACCCUGUACAACAAGAGACCAGAGGAUAGGACACAGUUUGUGAUUUUCACUGGGGUCUUUCACACCCUCAGCUUCCUCCUCUCCCUUAUAGUCCUGUGUUUCACAUAUCUCAAAGUGCUGAAGGUGGCACGGUUCCACUGUAAGCGGAUUGACGUGAUCACUAUGCAGACCCUGGUGCUGCUUGUGGACAUCCAUCCCAGCGUAAGAGAGCGUUGUCUAGAAGAACAAAAGAGACGGAGGCAGCGAGCAACAAAGAAAAUAAGUACCUUUAUUGGUACUUUUAUACUUUGUUUUGCACCUUACGUAAUUACAAGACUCGUUGAAUUAUCCUCUGUAGUUCACAUCAAUUCCCACUGGGGAAUCAUUUCCAAGUGCUUAGCUUACAGCAAAGUUGUUUCAGACCCUUUUGUGUACUCUUUGCUACGGCAUCAGUACAAGAAGACGUGGAAAGACAUCAUAAACAAGAUCCUCAAAAGAAGCUCCAUCAAUUCCUCUGCCCUCACAGGCGAAUCGCACAAUCGAAAUAUAUUGCAGCUGAACGAAUGAGGAGCCUGGUAUGAGACCUAGAAGACCCAAUGAAAUAACAUAUGGGAAACUAAAGUAACUGGCCUAUCCCUAGUAGCUAUUCUCAGCUGUCAAGGUUUUGGGAGGCAGUCACAGACAGGUUGAAGCUCAUCCCGUGUCCCUCCAAUAGCC